UAAAAAAAGACGGUGGUCGUUGCCAUCCUUUUCACGGUGGGCCACCCUGGUCGAAAAAAUGCGAUUAAUUCUGACAAUAUUAUACGGCCUCUUUGUUAUCUCCGCAUUUGGAGACCCGAUUAGAACAAAGAGAGAGCCUCCCGUGAGCUCACAGUAUGGUGCACCACCGGCAUCGUCCUACGGAGUACCGAACGUAGGACCAUCAGAUUCUUAUGGUCCACCACCUUCAAAUUCCUACGGUCCACCCUCUAAUUCUUAUGGUGCUCCUCCGCUACCAUCGUCAUCUUAUGGCGCACCAUCUGGACCUUCGUCAUCCUAUGGUGCAUCACCAUUGUCAUCCUACGGGGCACCAUCAUCAGGCGAUCACGGAUCCUUCGGUAAUGAUCACGGUGGAUCAUAUGAUCUAGGCGGUGAUCAUGGUGGAGGAUCCUUUGGCGGCGGUCACGGUGGAGGAUCCUUUGGCGGCGGUCACGGUGGAGGAUCUUUCGGCGGCGGUCACGAUGGAGGAUCCUUCGGCGGCGGUCACGGUGGAGGAUCUUUCGGCAGUGGUCACGGAUCUUUCGGUGACGAUCACGGUUCCAUUGGAGGAUCAUUCGAUGACCAUCAUGGAGGCGGCGGCGGUUAUGGCGGUGGUGGCGGCGGUUACGGCGGUGGUGGCGGUCACGGCGGUGGUGACGGCGGUUACGGCGGUGGUGGCGGUCAUGGCGGAGGUGACGGUCACGGCGGUGGUGGCGGUCACGGCGGUGGUGACAGCGGUUAUGGCGGAGGUGGAGGCAGCUUUGGAUCGAUUUCUGAUUCUUAUGGGCCGCCAUCAUUACCUUCUGAUUCCUAUGGACCUCCCUCGCAUGAUCACGGGCCGAAGGGCGUGUGGAAAAAAAAGUUGGUAUGGAAGCCCGAAUGGAAGCAGAUUUGGAAAACAGAAUCGAAGAUGAUCUGGAAGCAGGAAUGGAAGAAGAUACAAGUGCCGAUUUGGAAGGAGAUUCAAGUACCUGCUUGGAAGGAGAUCAAAGUACCUGUCUGGAAAAAGAUUCAGAAACCUAUUUGGAAGGAGAUUCAAGUACCGGCUUGGAAGGAGGUCCAAGUGCCAGCUUGGAAGAAGAUAUGGAAGCCUGUUUGGAAGGAAAUCCAAGUUCCUGUGUGGAAAGAAGUCCAAGUGCCCGAUUGGAAGAAAGUCUGGGUGCCAGAAUGGAUUAAAAUUGGUAUACCGGGAGAACACUCUGUGGGCAAAGAUCAUCAUGGUUGGCAGUAUACCAGCCAUGGUCUCUGGAAGAAGAAACUAAUAUGGAAGCCGAUUUGGAAGAAGAUUUGGAGAACAGAAAAAAAACAAAUUUGGGUAAGCGACAAAAAAUUAGAAUGGAAGGCCGAAUGGAAACAAAUUUGGAAGACGGAAAAGAAGCAAAUCUGGGUGUCAGACAAGAAGCUAAUUUGGCAGGAAGAAUCGGUGCAAGUAUGGGUACCUCAAAAGAAGCAGAUUUGGGUCACGCAGAAGAAACAGGUGUGGAAAGAUGAAUGGAAAAGCAAAUGGGUUCCGGUUUGGAAGGAUGUGCAGGUACCGGCUUGGAAGAAGAUCUGGAAGCCCGUUUGGGAGAAAGUUUGGGUUCCCAUCGAGUCUCACCACGACGACGGUCAUCACGGUUACAAGUAGAUCGUCGUCGAGGGUCACGUUCGGCCGGUUCGAUCUUUCUUCUGCGUAUGCUCGUGACAUCUGAAAAUCGAAAGGUCAACUCGGAAAAUUGUUAGAGAAUCAUGAAAGUCGGUCGAAUUUUAUAAUGUCUUGUGAUAAUGGAUUGCUCGCCGAUAGCUAUAGAUAUCUCUCGAGAGGAGAAAAGGGAAGGCCGAUUAAACGUAUCGCACGAAGAAGAGGAAAGCCUGCAACGAAUAGUUAGAAAGCAUCGCGACUAUGAGAUAUGUACGAAAGUAGAUGAUGAAAAUUUUCAAUUGAUCAUUUUGGCGACAACGCGACUAAGUUAUGUGAUAACCAAAGUCAUUCAGCUCGUCAUAAGAGGAACCAAAAUAUCGAUCAAUGAGAUAUUACUAUAACGGAUGUGAAAAUAUCAUUAUCUACAUUUUACUAUACAUCUCCUAAAAAAGAUGUGUACUAAUAACUGAUCUUUAGCAAAUAAAUUUAUAACCAUAAUGCAUCUUUCUAGAGAUUACACGACUUGUUAAAUUAAACCUUAAAGCAAACCAUUGCCAAGCAAACUAUUGCCAAAAAAAAUAUCAUGUUUGUCAAUUAUUUGUUGAAAAAUAAUGUUAUAAUCUAUUAGAAAAAAAAACAUCUAUUUCUUAAAACUGUUUAAUAUAUCUAUGUAUUUAUAUCAAUAAAAUGUAAAUGAUGGCUCAAUAGAAUUAAGAAUUCGAUUCAUCUAAAUAUUAAAAGGCUACUUGGAAUGCUGGAUAUUUAUAUCAACUGUAAUUUUCUAUUGUUUAUAGAUAUAACAAACUGCUUUGAAAGUAAUUUUAAAUUUAAUCUCUGACAAUGAAAAUUACACACACAGGCAAGAAAAGUCCUUCUUUGUUUAUUUUUUUUAGUGCGAAUAAUCCAUAGCCUUAGAAUGGCUAUAUACGUAUUAUUAUUUUAUGUAAUUAAUCUUACUUUGUAAAUAUCGUUUGAUUAUUGGGAUGCGUGCAUGUUAAUAUUUUUUUAUAUGUUAAUAAAUAUGAUUUUAUACUA